AGCGCUGUUUCGAAAGCUCUUUCCGAAUAAAGAUGAUGUCCGCCAUCAGAAGCAGUGCCUUGUUCCUAUCGUGCAUAGUAGUGGAAAGAGCUUGGGGUUUUGCACCGCUUCGUGGGUUGCAGUCACCUUGCCUUUCGACGGGGGAUGUCUUCUGUCAAGAUCCUCGCCUUGAGGGUUCUGGUUCCUAUUGCUCUACUAACUCACAUGUCUGCCAUGGUGGGACUAUCCCUUGUAGCUGUUCGAGCUCGGCCGAACAACAAUUACAGAACUACUUGGGUGGGGCUAGCUCGUCGAGUCCUGCUGCCCCCAAGACCGAUCCUGCAGCUCCGUCAACGACGUCUACUGCCCACAACCCGGCCCCUCCAUCUCCAUCGACUAGUGUAGGCAACUCCUUCAUGUGGGUCGAAUUUCCGGAGAUCUACGAUGUCAAUGAAUUGGGUGCUUAUUACGAUGAGGUCUACAACCACGUGAUGGGCAAUCACAUAGGUAUGAGCUAUUCUCAAGUUGUUGUUCGAGUGACUGCUCCUGACGACGCUUUGACUGGCACGAAGAAGUCCCCGCUAUACACUCAUCUAUUGAAUCGUAUUGCCGGGAAGAUGAGCGUUAUCUGCUAUCCCGAUUUGGCUCCUGCCCAUGGCAAGCGAGAGCGAUGGGAGGGUGCGUCCCCUAUGGGGUCCUUCCUGGACGGUGCCAUACAGUACGCUGCUCGACACGGUGAUAUAUUCACCGGCGUGGUGUACGACCCGGAAGAGUUUGCCGGAACUCCCUCGUAUAACAAAUUGCUCAACGGUGACAACUCGGACAUCAGAAUGGCGGCUGUUGAAGGUCUAUCUACUGCUUUGACUUGUGGCUUCGAUGAAGUCACUCGUCCGGAUAAUCGCGGUUCCAUUUUCCUUAAUACCGUUGACCAUCUUUACCUACAAAUGUUCAACUUCUACAAUAAUGCCGGUGUCCCUGUAGCGAGUUCUCCUGCAGCGACUCCCUUUGUUACUCAUUUGAAUGAUGGCAAUGCGAUGUAUGACUACCUGUUCAGUGGUGAUAGCGAUGUGACAGCAGUCAAAUACACUGAGCCUUCCUAUACCAAGUACUCUCAAGAGGGUAAAAUCUUCAUGAUGUGGUCUACUUCUUUCAACACGUCACCUAAUUGUAUGCAUCCUCUCGAUGGUCAAUGCGGUGAUGUUGAGGCUCAUUAUGAGUUUGGUGUAUGGGAAGGUUCGCCGUUCGUGUCGUUCUUGUCCAACGUUAUUGCUCAUUACCCGGGCGCUCCACAAGGUAUCAUGCAAUUCGCAUUCAUGCCUCAUAGCUGGGAGUAA